AUGUAUGAGGAAAUCAUAAGGAUGACAGAAGAUUUUGAUUCCAUAUAUUGCAUUGGGACGGGAGGACAUGGAAGUGUAUACAGAGCAACUUUGUCAUCUGGCAACAUGGUAGCCGUGAAGAAACUCCAUCUUCUCCACAAUGGCGAGAAUAAUUUUCAGAAGGAAUUCUUCAAUGAAAUAAGAGCACUAACUGAGAUACGACACCGGAACAUUAUGAAGCUUCAUGGUUUCUGUUCACAUAAACGACAUUCAUUUUUGGUGUAUGAGUAUCUCGAAAGGGGUAGCUUGGCCACAAUGCUGAGCAUGAUCAUGAAGCUAAAGAACUAG